AUGUCGAACAAAACCCCGUCCAGUUCCAAAAAGCGCAUAGUGAUCACCGGCGGCUCAGGCGUAGUAGGGCGGUGUGUGAUCGAGAAGCUGCUCUCGUACGGCCAUGAGAUACUCAAUGUCGACCAAACACCGUUGGACAACCCAAAAGUACACACGCUGAAAGCCGAUCUCACAGAUGGCGCGCAAGCAUUCAAUGCCUUGAGCUGCCACUUCCAAAUCAGCGAGCCUUUUCUCGAGGAAAUGCGCGCGCCGGACGUCGUGAUACAUCUCGCUGGCAUCCCACAACCCAACCGCAUCCCAGAUAACGAGACCUUCCGCGUCAACAUGCUCAGCUCGUACGCGAUAAUAGAAGCCGCGUGCAAACUGGGCAUCAAGAAGAUCAUCCUCGCCUCCAGCAUCACCGUGUACGGCGUGACAUACGCCGAGGGCAAUGUUUCGUUCCCGCACUUCCCCAUCACCGAGGCCACGCCCACGGAGCCCAUGGACGUCUACGCCACGUCCAAGGUGUGCAUGGAGCGCGUGGCUGCCUCGUUCGAGAAGCGCUUCCGCGCAAUGGCCCGGCCCGUCGACAUGUACUGUCUGCGGUUCGGCGCUGUGGUGACGCCGGGCUGCCAUCAGAGGACCAUGACGGCGUAUCUCGACCGCCCGCGCGACUGGAAGGUGCACGCCUGGAGCUAUGUCGAUGCGCGGGAUCUGGGCAAUCUGGUGCAGUGCUGCAUUGAGACGGACGGGCUGGGCUUCGAGGUCUUCAAUGCCGUGAAUGAUGAGAACACGCUGCCCGAUGGUGACGCGCAUACGAUUGACUGGCUGCGGCACUUUUGUCCAGAGUCGGAGAUUCUGGACGAAGAGGCGCUGAGUGGGAAGAAGGCGCCGAUUAGCAACAGGAAGGCUAAGGAGCUGUUGGGGUUCAAAGAAGAAUUUCCCUGGCGCGCCGAGAGGACAAAGUGGGUGGCGCAGGGGAUUAGGGAUGAGCGGUGA